GUGUCAGGCGAGGCUUCUGGUGCUUUGGUGGGACGAUCUCGGGGGAACGUGGAGCUGAGCGUUUGCCUUUUUCCAGGUGUGCUGCAAGAGCCCCGUGGUCUGGCUGUCUUCACAGGCUAGUCCCACCUAGCUUACCUUCCUCUAGUACUUGCUGAGCUCUGAGCCUGGCUGCUGGUCCCACCUCCUAACAGCGGUCUCGUUGCACUCUGAAUUAGAACAUCCCUUUGGUUUGCAGAGAUCCUCUAGAUGUUGUCAGGUGGAAAAAAAAAGACAAUCAGCUGCAAACACCAUGGGUGAAUCCCAGUAGAGUUCAGUCUGUUAGAAGAGAGGAGAUUCUCAAUCAGCUGUGGGCAUUUCCCCUUGUAAAUAAGCCCUGUAAGGGGCUUAUUUCUUUGAAAAAUGCUUUCAUUUUAAGCUAUCAAAGUAGAGAUCCAAACGUCUGGCAAUCCAGCAAACUAAAAUGGAUGAGAGUAUUUGGGAUAAUGAGAUAGAGAGGUUUCAGAUGGACCAAUUAGUGUAGUGAAAUAAAACAGUCUAAUGGCUCUUUGCCCUUGAUACCAAUGAAAAAUGUUAUUACCAGAUGCCCAUGAAGCGACCAGAGAAACCAAUGAACUCAGAUAUCCCAGUUCCUCUAACAUCCCAGAUUCCAGGUCUUGCAAAAGCUCCCAAUGAAGGGACGUUUGGGUGCCGCAGGAAGUGGAUCAAAGACACCGAUUCAGCUUAUGUAAGGCUGGCAAAGCAAGGAGGCCAACCUGACUUGUUGAAGCACUACGCUCCGGUUACAAGCAAGUCAUCUCCGGUAGCAUAUGCUGUGCCUGACUGGUACUCACACCGCUCCAAUCCUCCAGCAACCGAUGAGCCACGGAACUAUGUUUCCACUCUACCAGAUUUUAUGAUUCACAAAGAGUUCAAUGCUGAUAACCAUCAUAGUAAUAAUUAUGAGACAAGAAGAGGGCCUUUUGAUUUCGAUAUGAAAAGCGUUUGGCAGCGGGAUGCUGAGGACAAAGCAAAUACAGAGAAAAAAAAGGUAAAGCUCCCAGCUAUAAACACGACGUGUCCAAGCAGAACACCAAAUAUUUCUACGAACAGGGAAUUCAGUGGGAAAAAUAGGCUUUCCUUCCCACCUAUGCCUGCUCAGAGAAAGAGUGAAGCAGUAAACUUUAGCAAAUUAAUUAGCAAUGGUUAUGGGACUGACUGGUAUCAACAACACACUGCAUGGAAAAAAAAGAUUCAAGAAACACCAGAAAACAGUGAGCAGUCCAGAGAUUCAGAGCCAUCACAGUCUGAAUCAGCACCUGCAAGCAAUGGAUCGAAGCCAGAGUUUCAGGGAUGUAAUAAGUAACUUACAAGAUGAUUGGGGAAAAUAAGGCAUUUUAUGGCUUACAAUAAAGUCCACUAUUUACAUCUUCGGUUUACUUUUGUCUGAUUAGAUUAUUUUAAUGAUUGAACUCAUCCCUGAUUGAGUAGUUCAGUUCAUUUAUAACAGGAGUGAACUUUAUUGUGCUUGCUGACAGCAAAUUCUAAAGAAUAGCUGUCAGUGCACACGCCUAGACUUUUUCUUUAUAUAUAGAGAACAAAACUGAAGUUCUCUCCUACACCAGACUUGUGCUCCCUUGCUGUUGUGAAACAGUAUUGUCCUGUUGCUGCUCAUUUGACUAUAUACAUAUACAAUAUCAAUGUGUCCAAACCAACAGGUUUCUUUCUUUAACUACAGUUAUGCUUGUGACCUAUGACAAAAAACAGGGAGAACUGCAUGGUAUGGGAGGAAAUGUAAAUAGAAAGAAUUGAACUGGUCUGGCUACUUGCAGGAGAAAAGAAGUCAAACCUUCGUUGGAAAGAUGGCUUCUUAGUGCCCGAAGAACAUUUAGACCAAAUAUUCAGAUUUCUUAGACAAUUCUAUUGCCGUGCAUGCUGUGCAAGAACUAGUUGAUUGGUGAUAGUGUUCAGCCACGUAAUUAAGCUAAGAGUUGUUGGCAUUUCCUGUUGUACAUUCCCUUAUUUUACAAAAGGUGGGUCGUUAAGGAAACAGUGACACAGACUAAGCUGUGCAUAUCUACACAUUCAGCCUUUUAGA